AUGUGGACACAGCCAAUUACGUUGCAGAAGCAAAGCGCGCCGCAAACGCCAGAGGAGAAGCAUGCGCAGGCGUUGGUGACGGCGAGUGUGUUGAUUGAAGACAACCGCGCCCGUGUGCACAAAGCGGUGGAGCAGUACCAGAGCGUAGCCAACAGUAACUACUGGAUGUACGGCUACAUGGGCGGUGCGAUGGUGGCAACAAUGGCAGCGUGCCUCUCUAUUGGCACGCGCGUCCCUUUCUUCCGCAACUACGCGAGCUGGAUCUCGCUGGGCGGUGGCUACCUCGGCGGCAAAGCGGUGCUGGGUAUGCACAACUCGUACAAUAUGACGUCUGUCGUGAGCGCCAUCAACGCCGCAAUCGACGAGACGAACCGCGUCGACGAGCAGUACGAAUUCAAGAUUCCCGACUACGCCAGAGAGGUGGCGGCGCUCAAGCGGAUGAAGUACGAGUUGCUGCCGUACACCGCCGAGGCGAUUGAGGCGCGGCAGAACGACGUGAGCAAAAUGUCAAUCAACGACCGAGCGGACGCGCUCGUCGAGGCGUACGAGAAGCGGCGACACGCGGCGGCGCAAAAGAAGUAA